AAUUUGCCCUUGUACCCAGCAUUUACUCUCUCGCUCUCUCUUCCUCUCUCCCUGGCUCUCUGUUAACUGCAACUGAGGGAAACGAAGAUGCAGGCCAUCUCGAGGCGAUUAACCUAUCAAUCGUUCAAGUCUUCAUCUUCAAUUUAUUCUAUCAACUCGACCUAUUCUCUCUCCGAUCACCAUUAUGGACCUGAAAAUCCUCGCUAUGCAUCCACCAUUGCCACCAAGGCUGGGGGCCACAUCGUUCGUAAGGGUACCGGUGGAAGAUCUUCUGUCAGUGGCAUAAUUGCUACAGUGUUUGGAGCUACUGGGUUUUUAGGCCGAUAUCUUGUGCAACAACUUGCUAAAAUGGGAUCUCAAGUAUUAGUUCCUUUUAGAGGUUCAGAGGAUUGCCAUCGUCAUCUUAAGUUGAUGGGAGAUUUAGGACAGAUAGUACCAAUGAAAUACAACCCCAGAGAUGAAGAUUCGAUUAAGGCUGUGAUGGCUAAGGCUAAUGUAGUUAUCAAUCUUAUUGGGAGAGAUUAUCAGACAAGAAAUUAUAGCUUUGAGGAGGUGAACCAUUCAAUGGCUGAAAGACUUGCUUUGAUUGCGAACGAACAUGGUGGUAUCAUGAGAUUUAUUCAAGUUUCCUGCUUAGGAGCAUCAUCAUCAUCUCCAUCAAGGAUGCUUAGAACAAAAGCUGCUGCAGAGGAAACCAUUUUGAAAGAAAUACCUGAGGCCACAAUAAUGAGACCUGCUGUUAUGAUUGGUACGGAGGACAGGAUUCUGAAUCCAUGGGCACAAUUUGCAAAAAAUUAUAGCUUUUUACCCCUGAUUGGGGAUGGAUCUACCAAAAUCCAACCCGUCUAUGUUGUUGACGUUGCUGCUGCAAUUGUGUCAGCCUUGAAAGAUGAUGGCAGCAUGGGAAAAAUUUAUGAGUUGGGGGGACCAGAGAUCUAUACAAUGCAUGAAUUGGCAGAGCUUAUGUAUGACAUGAUUCGUGAAUGGCCUCGCUAUGUCAAGAUUCCUUUCCCUGUUGCAAAGGCUAUUGCAACGCCGCGGGAAAUAUUCCUUAAUAAAGUACCAUUCCCCUUACCCUCUCCCAACAUCUUCAAUCUGGAUAAGAUCAAUGCCCUUACUGUUGACACAGUUGUGUCAGAAAAUGCUUUAACUUUUGAGGAUUUGGGAAUUGUUCCUCAUAAGCUGAAGGGGUAUCCAGUUGAGUUUCUUAUUCAGUAUCGUAAGGGUGGCCCUCAAUUUGGUUCUACUGUGAGCGAAAAAAUACCUACUGAUUAUUGGCCAUGACAUUCUCAACCGGUUGCUUCUGAAUAUUCUGUGCAAAAAAUCUGUUUCGGUGGGAACUUGAGAUGGGUAUUUCAUCACUUCAUUUCCUUCAGUCAAAAGAAGGACCCAGAAUGCAUUAAUGCAUUGCUCUUUUUUUCUUCCCUUUCACUCGUAGAGAAUAUGUAAUCAUUUCGAGUGACCUUGAUUAAUAAAGGUCAGGUACUUUGAUCAUUUUGAUGAAUGAUUGCAUCCAUAACCUUUUACGUGUUAUGGAGUUGCUCAUUAGUUUUGAGCUUUGAUAUCAUACGUUUUGACAAGGUGCCUUUUUCUAUUGGGUAAACUAGUGGAGAAAUAAUGGAGAAUGAGGACCUCAAUAAUUUUGGGGAUGUAUAACACAAGGAGAUAUUCCCGUCUUUUGUAAUUUUUACCGGAAAAAGAAACGAUUCAAGUUCAUCUGGUUUAGCCGAUUCCCAGGCAUCUUUGGGUU